AAUGCCGGGAAAUUCGAAUCCUGUGCCUUGGCGGAUUUGUCGAGGCACGGUCUCGGCGGUCCGUCGCGAGAGCCCGAAGUCAGUCGCGAAUGCGAGAAAAUAGCGUGGGGGUACGGUUAAUUGCGAGGCGGGGGUCACAGCAACGAAAGCAAGCGAUGUCGUGACCCUCUUCCAGAGACAGAUCGCGUCAGUGCUGCGCGGCCUGUUGGAAAUCCUCGCAGGCGCACCCAGUUGAUCUCUCUCUCGCUGGAUUGAUUCGUCGUAGAUCCAGCACCAUGUGAAGAGCUGCGCAAUGCGGGCAGGUCGUGGAAAGUGAGCUCCUCUGUUUGAUAUUUGGGUUUUGAAGUUGGGUCGCGAAUUUUAGGGUACGGGAGGAAGUUGGGGUUUUAUAUCUCUUUAUUAUUAUUAUUAUUAUUAUUAUUUGUGAGGGCUUUUGAGGACUGGAGGAGGUUUUUGGAGAGUUGCCGGGGAUGGAAGGGAUGCGGACGAGGUGGGGAUGCUGGUGUCAGCUAGCGCUCGUAGUUGGGGUGUGGCUGCUACUGACUCAGCAAGCGCUCGGGAUCCGGUUCGUGAUCGACAAGAAGGAAUGUUUCCAGCAUGAGGUGCCUAAUGACGGCGACCAAGUGCUCGUUUCGUAUGUCGUAAUCAAGUCUGAGAGUGCGUGGACCUUCGACCACGCGUCGGUUGGAGUAGACCUCAUUGUUGAAGCACCUGCAGGUUAUCAGGUGCACAGCUCGAAAUCCAAAGUGGAAGACAAAUUCAACUUCAUAGCAGUGCGGAGAGGGCUUUACAAAUUCUGUUUCUACAACCGGAACUAUGUGCAUGAGAACGUGGAUUUUGAUGUCCAUGUCGGUCACCACAUUACUGAUAUUGAUGUGCAGCUUGUCAAAGAUGAGCAUAUUGAUCCAUUGAUUUGGCAAAUUGAGAGGCUGGAGGAAUCUUUGUACUCUAUUCAGUUCGAACAACACUGGCUUCUAGCUCAGACUGACCGUCAAGAAAUUGUCAAUGAUGCCAUGAGCAAGAGGCUUAUUUACAAAGCGAUACUGGAGGCGCUGGCGCUAGUAGGAUGCAGUGUAGUUCAGGUUGUUUUGCUGCGGCGGCUCUUCGAGAAAAAGCUUGGCCAGUCAUCACGCGUUUAACAGAACUUUGGCUUUUCCUAACAGUUGCACGCUGUAUUUUGAAAACAUAGUGGUACGACAUUCUUUUGUCAUUCCUCAAUGUAUAUUGUUACCAUGAUACACAAUUUAGAGAAAGGAUGACUAGUUGGGUUUAUGUGUGUAAGGUGCAAAGUUCACCUUCUACAAACCCGUCGUAAGUUUGUUAGCACAGUCUGUGACAGACCUGUCCAUGUUCUUCUUUCUAAAAUUUGACAAGUAAGCCCAUUUGAGGUCUAUAGACCUCUUUACUUUUAGAAAAA